CGGGCCGGGGCGGGGCGGGUCCGGCCCGGCGCUAAGAUGGCGGCCAAGGGUUCGCACUCGCACGUGAAGCUGGAGGCGGAGAUCGAGCGGUGCCGGGCGGAGGGGCACUGGGGGCGGCUCCGCCACCUCGCACAGCUGCUGCUGCCGCCGCGGCCCCCGCGCAAGGCGAAGGCGGCGAGGGACGCGCAGGACGCGGAGGACCAUGGGAGUUUGCUGCUUGCAGAGGCUCUGCUGGAGGAAUGUUUGAAGGAAAACUUUGCCAAACUGAAGGACUCCAUUCCACUGUCAGAGAAGAGUGAGCCCAAGCUGAGUGAAGCUAAACAGUAUCUGACCAAUAUCUUAAGCAGAGGGAAACUAAGACCAAAGUAUAUGACAGAAGCUAUGCUGAUCCUAGGAAAGCUUCAUUAUGUGGAGGGAUGCUACAGAGAUGCCAUCAGCAUGUAUGCAAAAGCAGGAAUUGAUGACCUUUCAAGUAAAGAUGAACCUCUGUAUGUGCUGCGUUUGAUAACUGAAGCCUUUGUUAUUAAAGGUUUGUCACUGGAGCGCUCAACCAACUCAGUUGCCUCACGUGCUCGACUGUGUGAAAGGGAGGAGGAAGUCAUGGCUUGUUUUGAGAGAGCAUGUGUUAUUGCCCGGGUAUACUUGCAGGAGCUUGAGAAGACAUUAAACAACACACAUUCAAGGAGUAUCAAGGGCAGCAGUGUGACUUACUCUGAGUUUGAACUUUCCUACUUUCUGGAAGCAGCUCUACAGAGUGCCUAUGUGACUCAGUUAAAGAAAGGAAAUAUUGUGAAAGGAAUGAGGAGUCUGCGAGAAAUACUACGGACUGUAGAAACAAAAGCUACUCAGACCUUCAAAAUGACUGCAGCCAAGCAGUUAGCCCAAGUACUUCUCCAUUCCCUCAGUGAAGACUGUUACUGGAGCCCUUUAUCUGAUCCGCUUCCUGAGUUCACGAACAAGGAGUACCAGUUUUAUGUUAACAAUCUUCUCUGUCGGAGGCCUGAGCUGUACUCAGAAGAGAAUGUGUACUGCCCUCAAGAUAACGUAGAAGAGGCUCUUCUCCUCCUCUUAAUCAGUGAAUCCAUGGCGAACCGGGACGCAGUGAUCAGCCGAGCCCCAGAGCAGCAGGAUGACCGAGCCGUCAGCCUCCGGGAUGCUUCUGCAGUCUACGACCUCCUCAGCAUCACGCUGGGCAGAAGAGGGCAGUAUGUGAUGCUGUCUGAGUGCUUGGAGAGAGCCAUGAAGUUCGCAUUUGAUGAAUUUCACCUCUGGUACCAGCUUGCCCUGUCCAUGGUAGCUUGUGGAAAGUCGGCAUAUGCUGUGUCAGUGCUCAAAGAGUGUGCUAAACUGCGACCUACGGAUCCCACCGUUCCCCUUCUGGCUGCCAAGGUCUGCAUUGGGUCACUGCACUGGCUGGAAGAAGGAGAACACUUUGCUAAAAUGGUGAUAGACCUGGGUGAGGAUGCUGGAGAGUCCCUAGCAAAGGGUUACCUGGCACUGGGCCUGACAUACAGCCUUCAAGCUACUGAUGCUACUCUAAAGAGCACUCAGGAUGAAUUAAACAAGAAAGCACUUCAGACUUUGGAGAGAGCACGUGACCUGGCCCCCGAAGAUCACCAAAUCAUCCUUUACCUGUCGCUGCAGCUGGCUCUUGUCAGACAGAUUUCAGAUGCUAUGGACCAUCUUCAAGAAGCCCUGCAACUGUGCAAAGAUGACAUGAAUUCACUUCAUCUAUUGGCCCUUCUCUUUUCAGCUCAGAAGCACUAUCAACAUGCACUGGAUGUUAUCAACAUGGCUGUUGUUGAAUAUCCAGAAAGCUUUAGCUUACUCUUCACCAAAGUAAAACUGGAAUGGAUACAUAAAGGACCUGAAGAGGCUCUGGUGACAUGCAGACAUAUGCUGCAGAUGUGGCAGAUGGUAUACAAUGUUUUACAGCACAGCGGCUCUGAGAAAGGAAGUAGUGUGACCGAAACACCAGUAAUCAAAAAGCAUAAUGGACUGCAUCUCACUCUUCCAGAUGCUCAUGACACUGAUUCUGGAUCACAACGAGCCUCUUCCCUUGCUGCUUCAAGGCUGGAACAGGCCAUGUCUGAAAUAACUGUGCAGAGCAGUACAAUGAAGCAGGGACCAGUGAAGCUGUGGACAACUCUUGAACAGAUUUGGCUGCAAGCUGCUGAACUCUUCCUGGAACAGCAGCAUCUCAAAGAAGCAGGCUUUUGUACCCAGGAGGCAGCUAGUCUUUUCCCCACAUCUCAUGCUGUACUGUACAUGCGUGGGAGGCUUGCAGAGAUGAAAGGCAAUUUGGAGGAGGCUAAGCAAUUGUAUGAUGAAGCACUCACAGUGAAUCCAGCUGGAGUGGAAAUUAUGCACAGCCUGGGCCUGGUGCUGAGCAGACUUGGGCGGUGGGAGCUGGCCCAGAAGGUCCUCAGAGAUGCCAUCCAGAUCCAAACCACCAGUCAUGUUGCCUGGAACAGCCUUGGAGAGGUCCUGCAAGCUCAGGGGAAAAACGAAGCAGCCAUCGAAUGUUUCCUUACUGCCCUGGACCUUGAAUCCAGCAGUCCUGUCAUUCCAUUCACCGUCAUACCCAGGGAGCUCUGAAGCUUUCCCUGCAUCUAAGCACUUUGAUUGCGUGGACAGACACCAAAACCAAGCAGAUAAACAAAGAAAAAGCCCAACAGAAAAGUGCCAUUGUAACCUGGAACUGGGCUAAGUAAUUCCAGGACGGGGCUCAGGUCUACAGGCUUAGCUUAGACAAGCCAAACUGUAGAAGAUUUUGCAACAGGCAGGAACAGAGAAUGCCUUUUUCUUCACAGGUGCCUGGGCAACCUCCUGUUCAAGUUAAUAGUAAGGCUUAUUUCAAAGUGUUUGUUCAAGGUGACUGUAGAAAGAUCAUGCUAGGGUACAGCUGUUCAAAGCACUUGCACCUUUCAGUGUUCAUUGAAGAUAAAACCCCCAAGCCCUGAAUUAAAGGCCAGACCUGCUCUAAAUAGGAGUAAAUUCACAAACUGACUUAACCAAGUUGUGUUUAAGUGUGUGGCUGUCUCCCCACAGAUCUGACAGGACAAGAACGGCAAUUGCACCAAACAGACAUGCAGUACAUGCUGUUUACAAAAUUAUUUCAUCUAUUUUGAUAAUCCUUUUUCCUGCCUUGCUUUUAUAUACUGUAUAUGCUCACUAUAUUUAGUGUAGCACUUGCCUAGACCAAUUUAAAUUAAAAAUACUUUUUUAAAAAUAAAGCUGCUAUUGCAGCAUAAUUCACAAAAGCAGAAAGACCAAAGACCAAAUCAAUUCACACUUGAACUAGUAUUAAAAACACAUAAAUAUCUCCACUUACAUAUUUAUUGAAAGGCCUUACAUGAAGUAACUAAUUAUAAGCUCUGAGCUUCAUUCUUAUUAAUCACCUGUUGCAUCAGUUUAUUGAGGAAUAUAGUGUUUACCAGUAUAUAGUGACUGAACUCUGUGCUCUACUGCAUUACCAUUCCUGGCACAAAAUAUUUUCGUAUCCAUCUUUUGAGGAUGCAAAAGAAGGCAGCAGUCUUUUAAGGGAAAGUGUGCUGAAGGCAGUAUGUGUGUAUAUGAAUUGCUUCUUCCUCGAAACUAAGUCUUUGGAUUGUCCAUAGAAAUUUCACAUUAGAGGUACAGUUGAGCCUUCAGUGGCAUCAUUUUUCAUCUCCUAUCAGAUGUAAUAGCGAGGAGCUUCUGAUCCACACAGCCUCCCCAUGGCUGGCACAGCCAGGGAGGGGAGCAGCUGGCACAGCCCCUGCUGAUCUGCUCCUUAGCUCUGCAUGAUCUCCCCGGGGCCUUGGCAGUGAGGUGGAGCUGGACUGUGCUGUCACACAGAGCCAGCCCUGUCCAGACCAGUCCCAAGGUAAAGAUGAUGCAGAAAUUUGCUGCACUUUAGUAAAAAAAAAAAAAAAAAAGUUGGGGCUUUGCGCCCGUCUUUGUCCAAAGAAGAUUUGUGACUGUUUCAUAAGUAAGUAAGUUUGCACUAAAGCACACUUUGUACUAUAAUUCUGCCCAGUAUUGUGAUCCACAACUAGUUCACUCUGGAAAUAAUAAUGUCCUCAGGCAAUAAAUAAAAUGGGGUUGUUUCUUACAGAGCCUGAGGCUCUGGCAGCAGACUUGAAGUCAGCGUUGUUUACAGUUAUUUGGGUAUCUGCAGGCUAAUGGAGAGCUGAGCCCUUGUGCUGCUCCCAGCCCACGCCAUCGGAGAACUCCCGACCCCAGCCUUCUCUCAAGACGCCUGCACCGAGGGAAGCACACUGCUCUCAGGUUCCUUGCAGCAGCCUGGUGCUCUCCCAGGCCAAUAUGUUUAUUUUUUUCCCCUUAAACGAUGCAGAUGCAAUAGCCUAGCUUAUUUAUCUGUUCACUGAGGGAUUCCAGAUCUGAUCUAGGCUGAUUUCGCUCCAGGUGGAAGCAGCUCAGCCAUGAAAGGUGCUCAGCCCACGAGUUCUCUGCUUUCCAGUGCCACACAGGCACCCAGAAGGACGUUUUUAGGCCAGGGGCAGGUUUCCAAGGAGACGGUGUUCCCUGGCCACAUUUCUUGUUUGCAGUAGCACCAGCAGCAGAGGAAGGAGUAGGUGUUAAAGUACCAGAAUUAAAGGAGUUUCAUGAAGACAAAAAGAUGCAACUGAGAAACAUUUUGCUGUGAAGGAUGCUAUGAAGUCAGCUCACUCUGCACUGCUGGGGAGGAAAGAGGGAAGGAGAGGGGGAGAGGUGCUGUUGUUGACAUAAUAUGUAAAUUGUUACGCAGGUGUUUUAAACCCAGUACCACAGUCAGAUGCAGUCUGGCAAUAGACUUAAGCAGAGAUAUAGAUCGAUAGAUAGAUAGAUAUUAUAUUCUGGUGUUUGUUCUGCUCCACAGUGCCCAGGGUGGGAGUGAACCUGCUGUGUGAGACACCAAACAAGCGUCCGUGUGGUCGCUGCUCCGUUGUGCAAUGUAUAUUUGCAAAGCACUGCCAUAGCAACUUCUGUGUACUGGGCAGCUAUUUGAGUACAGGCUGCGCAUCCACCUCUGCGACCAAGGAGCUGCUUUAAGAGUCUCUAACGUAGCUGGCCUGUGACCUGGCAGGAGGGUGCCUGUUUCCCAGCAGCAGCUGAAAAGCAAACACUCACGGAUCCAUUUGCUUCUGCACGCGUAGCUCAUAAAUGGCCACCAGCCCGUCACGUUUGUUGCGAUCAGGCAAACUUGGUCCUGAUGAUAAUCAGACUUGCCACAGCACUCAUCUUCCUGGAAGAGGGGCAAACAUUCAUGAAUACUUUGAGUGCAUCAACAAGUCAGGUGUCGCCAGGAUGGUCCCACCUUGUGUGCAUUAAUGAGUGUCGCUGGCAUUGGAAUUUCAGUCCCAAGAGCCUCUGCUCCGUGUGUGGCAGGGAAGAUGUACAUAAGUAAAGGCCAUCAUCAACAGGAAUCAGAGGGGUAUGGUACCCUCUACCAGCUCACCACACUGUGCACAGCCUCCACAACAAUUGCAGGCAAAGUACUUUGCAUGCAUACUGGACUCAAUCCUGAGAUUUCCUGCAUGCUUCCCAGAGGAUGCAAAGUACCUCGUGGCUGGAAAGCUAUUGUAUUGGCUUGAAAUGCUCUGUACAAUUCAGGAGAGAGAGUGGCGGUUGCAGGCUCACAAGUACUUUGGGGGUAAAUCCUCCAGCUCUAUUUGUUAAUCGUGCUCACAAAAACAGAAGUCUUUCCAAACUUAAAUACUACCUCUCUCACUCAGCAUGAAUUUUGUUCACACUUCCAGAUACAGAAAAAAGGAGACAAAUGCUUCAGACAAACCUAUGUAUUGUAGUAUUUAUUUAGAUAGCAUUGUUGAUAAAUCUGAUAGACUUACUUCCUGAGCUCAGUGAUAUGCAUAAUAGGCCUGGCAUGCUUAAUGCUCGGGGUUUGAGAUUUAAGAACACAAGAUUUGCAUCCCAUCUCUCAUAUGAUUAUUACAGAUCAUAAGUAAUGGAAGUUUGGGGAACAGUAACUUCAGGGAACCAAUUCUGCAAGUUUUAGCACUGACUUGAGUCUUAACAGAGUUUUCUCGUUCAUUAGUUUUGAAAGAGGAAGAUAAAAAGCCCACAUCGUUGCCUAAAGUAUCGCCUUCCUCUUGUUGCACCACAAGGUUCUUUUAUUUUUUUGGCAGAGUGCAUGCAAAAAGAAAAAAUAAUUACCUUCUAUCAUCCUGUUGUGCAGUAAAGGAGUAGUUAUGUGCCAUUGCCUUUGACCAACAAGGAGGAUCGUAUAUUGUAACAAAAAUGACUCUGCCUGCCUCCAGGAUAACAGAAGGAGGAAGCCCCACAGGCCAGGGAGCAGCUCCCCUCCCUGCCUUAUCCCGUGUAAGGUGUCAUUAGCGCCACUGGAGCAGUUGGUUAGGAGCGUUCCCCCAGCUGAGGGUCUGCCCACCCGUGUGCUCAUUCCGUACUGGGAGUACAGCGGAGCUGCAGGCUCCUGCGCCACGCGAGGACCUCGGCCGUUUCUAUUGGUAACAGUUCGUGCUACUGAUUAUCGCAGUGCUUCAGAAGUGCUAAUUAUCUUUUCUUGCUUAUGACUAAUAAAUCCAAAUGGAGAACAGUCCUGGAGGGUGUUUACUUUAAAACUCACUGGCUGGGUACCAAAGCAGGCACAGCACUGGCUGCUGCAGUUUGAAUUACAGUUAUUUAGUCCAGAAAAUGUUCCAUUUUCAGAGAGUCUUGGUAAAGAAUGAGUUUGGCUAGUUUGUAUUUCUUUUUAAUGACAGCAGAGUGGGAAACAAUCCUUUUUAGUGAAAAGACAUCGCUGCCGUUAUCUUUUUUCAGCCAAACCAACAGAGAUUUGAUAGCUGCAGUUCACCCUACAAGAGGAAGGCUUCCCAGAGCAACUGUGCUGCAGCAAUAAUUCCCUCUGACUCAAUUCUAUUACAGGCAUAUUUGACAAUUAUGCAGUGGGCAUGUGGAGCUGGGAUGCCUCUGCCUCCUUAUUUGGCUAAGGGGAGCUGCUUUGUGCCCAAAGGGAUGGCUGUGGCACCCAUCUGGGUGCCCGUCAGCGCUGCCCUGGCACCUGCCACCAGCCCAGUGGGUUUUGUUCGCCGACACCCCGUCACUUGUGCUGGUUCAAUGACCCUCGGACUGCUCCCUGAGCCUGGCUCCAAGGGACGGUUUCCUUACUGCUGAGUUGUUGUUCCGUGCUGCAGGAUAUCAGUGCAUGAUCAGAUAGAAGGUUGUUUUCCCAGAAAUGGAAAGCUGAGUCGUCCGUCAGUCAGUGGUGUUGGCAGGAGGGGAGGUAACCGCUGACCCGGCGGUUGCCAGGAUGGUUCCUCCAACUUUGCUUCUAAUGAAACUGGCUUGUGCCUUCAGCUCCAGCAAACCAAGGCAAAUCCAAGUGACUGGAUACUAAAAGAUGCAGCUCCUUUUCACACAGAAACACAUGCCAGUCAGUGGCUUAAACCACCGAUGGGGAAGCAACGCUGUGCCACUGCGUAGCAGCCCAUGAUGAUACAAGAACUUCCCUGAGCCAGUGCGCAGAGAGGUGCUCAGCUUUUGCACAUGCAAGCAUGUCCCACAUGCCACUCUGAUACUGUUGUCACAGGUGUCAGAAUCAGUUUUCCAUGUAACUUGACUUUUUUUGUCAUUGUAAGAUAUUUCCACCAAAUCUAAUAAAAUUGACCCUGUGGAAAACAAAAAGUGCUCCUGAUAUUUCCUGGCAAUUCCAGGACUUGUAAUGUAUUCAUGCCACGGAUGCUUCAAGCAUUAAGAAAUGUCCAGUUGUUAUAUUAGCUGGAACCCAAUGUG